AUGGCCGACGCCGCAGUUAUUGAGACAUGGACGUUGUACAGCGUUGGAGUACUGAUCAUCCUCGCUCGAAUAUAUUCUCGAUGGCAGAUGGUCGGCCCGUCAAACUUCAAACCGGAUGAUUACAUGAUCUUUUUUACUUUGGCCAUCUACACCGGCAUGACCGUUGCGGCCGAAAUCGUGGGCGAACACGGCGAUUUGGGUGCCAUUCCUACCGAUCAGCGUUUGAGCCUCACGCAAGAACAGGCUGAUUCGCUCAUCCUCGGAACCAAGUGGUUCAUGGUAGGGUGGUAUACAUACGUUUCCCUCAUCUGGUCUCUCAAAUUCAACAUGCUGUUCUUAUACCAACGGGUGGUCAACGGGCUGUGGGUUGCCAAGUUCAUCAAGCCGACCUUGGUGCUGGUCAUGACCACAUGGAUAGCAAUCCUCCUUCUGGUCUCAUUCGUAUGCAGACCCUACGAGAGAAUGUGGCAGGUGUGGCCGGACCCUGGAAGCUUCUGCAAGGCGCAAGGCGCGGCACUCUUGAUACCAACUUUAAUCUGCAACCUGAUCACAGAUCUGUGCAUUAUGCUUAUUCCCGCACCUGUUAUCUUCCGGAUCAGGACCACCAUAUGGCGUAGGAUCGGACUGUACAUCCUUUUUGGGGCUGGCGUAUUCGUCAUGGUAGCAGCGGUGCUACGCGUUGUUUUCGUGCUUGGACUCAAAAACGGCAAGACUGCCGCCAUCUGGUCCUGCCGUGAGGAUGUUGUGGCCAUUUUCGUCGGACAAUCAACCAUGAUCCGUCCCGUCUUCACCCGCAAAUUUUGGACUGGCGAGGACGAAUCGACGAAAGGUGUCUCCAAGCGCAGUGCCAGCUCGAAGAAUGGGCAGGUCUCAAUCGAACUGGCUCAACAAACCAUCGGCGGCGGCAACAGGAAGGGGUCGGCAUUCCGCAGCAAGAAAGAUCCGUACGCCAUGUCAGCGAUGAUGGCAACAAUGCAGGAGAGCGAUUCAACGGAAAAGAUUAUUGAGAGUGCAAGUGCAAUCUCGGGAGGUGCGGGUGGCUCCAUGGAGAGCGGUCGGCCUGUGGAUGUCGAAAGUGGAGGACACCGGGGAGAUUCCGAAGCGAGCAGGCACGGGGAAUUCCUGCAGCCAGGUCAUCAACAUGCGGGGAGAUUUUGA